AUGUCCGCCGAAGCCGACAUCCAGCGCCGCGAGCUCACCUCGCGGUGCAUUGCCAUCAUGAACCGCGCAGACCCCGUCCUGCUCGACUACAUGAAGUUCCACAUCGACUCGCUCGAUGCUACCAAGGGUGCCGACUACGACAAGGCCAAGAAGUUUGGCCAGAUCCUGCUCGACAACUGUGCCGAGGUCAUUGACAAGCCCCCCGUCUACCGCGACGUUGCACUCCCCACUGCUCCCCACACCGAGAAUGUGCGCAAGCUCGAGUCGUACGUCACCGAGAUGGCGUCGGGCGGUGAGGUCCAGCCCUCUGUCAACCUCGAAAAGGUCCAGAGCGACAUUGACAAGCUCUGGGAGCUCGUCAACGCUCAGCCCUCCAUCACCCCGGCCCAGAAGGCCGCUAUCAAGUCCAUGUACGGCGAGGUCAUCAAGACCCUCGGCUCGGGCGCCUCGGACCCCGUCGCCCGCGCAAAGGACGCUCCCAAGCAGCGCCGUGACUCGUCCCAGUUCCUCCGCCCCAACGUCGAGGAGCACACCGAGGUUGACGACGCUCACCUCCCCUUCCUCCACCUCAAGCGCAAGACCGCCACCGACUGGGCCUACUCGCAGAAGCUCACCAACAUCUACUUUGAUGUCCUCACGGAGAUUGCCACCUCGGGUGUCACGUUCCAGAAGAAGGCCGCACUCCUCACCGGUGUCGGCAAGGGCUCGAUCGGUGUCGAGAUCCUCAAGGGCCUGCUUUCCGGCGGUGCCACCUGUGUCGUGACCACCUCGCGCUACUCGCGCGACGCCGUCGACUACUACAAGAACAUUUUCCACGAGGUCGGAUCCAAGGGCUCCAAGCUCAUCGUCGUCCCCUUCAACGGUGCCUCAAAGCAGGACACCGAGGCCCUCAUCGACUACAUCUACACCACCCUUGGCCUCGACCUCGACUACGUCGUCCCCUUUGCCGCUCUCCCCGAGAACGGCCGUGAGAUUGACAACCUCGACGACCGCUCCGAGCUUGCCCACCGUCUCAUGCUCACCAACCUGCUCCGUCUCCUCGGUGCCAUCAAGACCAAGAAGGCCGCCCGCAAGUUUGUCACCCGCCCUACCCAGGUCAUCCUCCCCCUCUCGCCCAACCACGGCAUCUUUGGAAACGACGGUCUCUACUCCGAGUCCAAGAUCUCGCUCGAGACCCUCUUCAACCGUUGGGGCGCCGAGUCGUGGGGCGAGUACCUCUGUAUCGCCGGCGCCGUCAUCGGCUGGACCCGUGGUACCGGUCUCAUGAGCGCUACCAACUUUAUCGCCGAGGGCCUCGAGAAGCUCGGUGUGCGCACCUUCUCCGCCAAGGAGAUGGCCUUUAACAUCCUGGGUCUCAUGCACCCCCUCCUGUUCGACAUUACCCAGAUCGAGCCCCUCUGGGCCGACCUCAACGGUGGUAUGGACCGCGUCGCCAACAUUGCCGAGGUCAUGACCUCGAUCCGUGUCGACAUUAACAAGGUUGCCGAGCUCCGCAAGGCUAUUGCCCUCGACAACGGCGCCGACUUCCGCGUCACCAACGGUGCCGACGCCGAGCGUCUCCACCAGAAGAUCUCCAUCGCUCCCCGCGCCAACCUCAACUACGACUUCCCCGAGAUUGAGCAGCAGUCGGUUCUCGACGAGCUCAACCACCUCCAGGGUCUCAUCGACCUUGACAAGGUCAUCGUCUGUACCGGUUUCGCCGAGCUCAGCCCCUGGGGCUCGGCCCGUACCCGUUGGGAGAUGGAGGCCAAGGGCGAGUUCACCAUCGAGGGCUGCAUUGAGAUGGCCUGGAUGAUGGGUCUCAUCAAGCACCUCGACGGCAAGCUCAAGGACGGCAAGCCCUACGUUGGCUGGACCGACGCCAAGUCGGGCGAGCCCGUCGACGACAAGGACGUCCGCGCAAAGUAUGAAAAGGAGAUUCUUGCCCACUCGGGUAUCCGUCUCAUCGAGCCCGAGCUCUUCUGGGGCUACGACCCCAACAAGAAGGGCUUCACCCAGGAGAUUGAGCUCAACCACGACCUCGAGCCCCUCGAGGUCUCUGCCGAGGACGCUGCCAAGUUUGUCCGCGAGCAGGGCGACAAGGUCGACGUCUGGGCCCAGGAGUCUGGCGAGUGGUUUGUCAAGUUUAAGAAGGGCGCCCGCGUCCUCCUCCCCAAGGCUGUCAAGUUUGACCGUGUCGUCGCCGGCCAGAUCCCCACCGGCUGGGACGCCCGCCGCUUCGGUCUCCCCGAGGACAUUAUCUCGCAGACCGACCGCACUGCCCUCUGGGCCCUCAUCUCCGUCAUGGAGGCCCUCAUCAUGUCGGGUGUCACCGACCCUUACGAGAUCUACCAGCACGUCCACCCCUCCGAGGUCGGUACCGCCCUUGGUUCCGGUAUGGGCGGCAUGCGCUCGCUCUCGCAAAUGUUCAAGGGCCGUCGCGAGGAGCUCGACGUCCAAAAGGACAUUCUGCAGGAGACGUUCAUCAACACUGUCGCUGGUUGGGUCAACCUCCUCCUCAUGUCCGCCUCGGGCCCCGUCAAGAUCCCCGUCGGCGCCUGUGCCACUGCCCUCCAGUCGGUCGAGAUUGCUUGCGACUCGAUCCUCUCGGGCAAGGCCAAGGUCAUGAUCGCCGGUGGCUUUGACGACUUCUCCGAGGAGGGCUCGUUCGAGUUUGCCAACAUGAAGGCCACGUCCAACGCCGAGACCGAGUUUGCCAACGGCCGCGAGCCCAACGAGUUCUCGCGUCCCAUGACCUCGACCCGUUCCGGCUUUAUGGAGUCGCAGGGCUGUGGUGUCCACAUUCUCAUGUCGGCCCGCACGGCCAUUGAGAUGGGUGCCUCCAUCCAGGGUAUCGUCGCCUACACCUCGACCCACACCGACAAGGCCGGUCGCUCCGUCCCCGCCCCCGGCCGUGGUAUCCUCUCCACCGCCCGCGAGGUCACCCCCAAGGACGCCCUCCCCAUCCUCGACAUCAAGUACCGUGCCCGUCAGCUCAAGUUCCGCCGCAACCAGAUUGCCCAGUGGAUGGAGAACGAGAUCGACCUCCUCAAGGACGAGCUCGUCGCCCUCGGCCGUGCCGACGACGAGGCCUUCUUCAACCAGCGUGUCGCGUUCAUCGAGACCGAGGCCCAGCGCCAGGAGAAGGACGCUCUCGCUACCUUUGGUAUGCUCGAGGGCUCGGACCCCAACAUUGCCCCCCUCCGCAGGGCUCUUGCCGUCUGGGGUCUCAACGCCGACUCGGUCGGUGUCAUCUCGUGCCACGGUACCUCGACCAAGGCCAACGACAAGAACGAGUCGGGUGUCUACAACCUCCAGUUUGAGCAGCUCGGCCGCACCCCCGGUAACGCCGUCCCCGUCAUCACCCAAAAGUACCUCACCGGUCACCCCAAGGGUGGUGCCGCCGCCUGGAUGUUCAACGGUAUGCUCCAGACCCUCAACUCGGCUCUUGUCCCCGGUAACAAGAACGCCGACAACAUCUCCGAGGAGCUCCGUGCCUUCCCGCACCUCUUCUACCCUUCCAAGGCCAUCCAGCACGUCCGUCUCGAGGCCGGUCUCCUCACCUCGUUCGGUUUCGGCCAGGUCGGUGGCCAGGCUGCCAUCCUCCACCCGCGUUACCUGUACGGUGCCCUCAACACGUCGCAGCUUGACGAGUACAAGAAGAAGCGCCGCGCUCGCGAGCUCGACUCGUACUCGCGCAUGUCGCAGGCCCUGGUCCUGAACAACCUGGUCCAGAUCAAGGACGCCCCGCCUUACGCCCCCGAGCUCGAGGGACCCGUCCUCCUCAACCCCCUUGCCCGCGCCGGCCCCUCCAAGGGCUCGUACGCCUUCACCGGCAAGCUCCCCACCACCGUCACCCCCAACAACGCCAACGCCGCCGUCAUCAAGGACCUCAUGGCGGCCGGCACCUCGGGUGUCGCCGGCGUCGGUGUCGACACCGAGCUCAUCUCCGCCGUCCCCACCUCGGAGACCUUCCGCGCCCGCAACUUUACCGCCGGCGAGAUCCAGUACUGCAACGCCGCGCCGGACCCGGACGCGUCGUUUGCCGGCCGCUGGGCCGCCAAGGAGGCCGUGUUCAAGGCCCUCGGCGUGCCCUCCAAGGGUGCCGGCGCGCCCCUCAAGGACAUUGAGAUUGUCGCCACGGAGUCCGGCCCCACCGUCCAGCUCGCAGGCGACGCCGCCGCCGCCGCCAAGGGCCGCAACAUCAAGGUCUCGCUCUCGCACUCGGACUCGAGCGUCGUCGCCUUUGCCGUCGCCAACUAA